GAAAAGCUGACACCACGAUGUAUGGGCUAGUCGCUUUAAAUGCUAUACGUAAAAUAUCGACUAAAUAUCUUUCGCAAUCAAUAGUUAAUACACAAGCGGAAAUAUUAGAUAUUUAGAAAAUUGAAAGAAAUGUGUUAAAUACAACCGGCUGUUAAGCAUUCUUUGAAUUUGAGUUUUUGAUUAAAUUUAAACACACGAAGCAGAAAUGCCAUCGAACUGAUCAUCACGAGAAAUUCAUAUUUCCUGUCUGAAUACGUUCUUUACGACUGAUCUAUUAUGCCUGGAUGAGCUAUGAAUGCAUGAUUUCUUGUAAUAACAUGUAACGAAUUGGUAUUGAUGGCAACUGACACAUAUUACUGAUUACAUUAUUUUCAGAUAGCUGAUGCAAUGGACUACUUAUCAGAAAAGAAAAUUGUACACAGGAAUUUGAGAGCAUGUAAUGUUCUCGUUGGCGUUGACAACAAGAUAAAAGUAUCAGGAUUUGAACUAGCUAAAAUAUUGGAUGAUGACGACACAUGCGCCAGUUCUUCUGUUACAGAAAGUCUGAUCCCAUUGAAAUGGACAGCACCGGAAGCCGCUUUUCAGAAGAAGUUCAGCGUCAAGUCUGAUGCAUGGUCAUAUGGAGUAUUGUUAUAUGAAAUCAUUACGUUUGGAAUGGCACCAUAUCCAGGGAUGACCGAUUCGGAUGUGGUACAUCGUGUCAUCAAAGGAUAUCGAAUGCCUAUACAAAGGAAGUGCCCAAUAAUGUGUCCAGACCAUUACUAUGAGAUGAUGAUCAAAUGCUGGGACGCAAUCGCUGAGCGCAGACCUUCAUUUGCUUUUCUUAAAGACUUUUUCGAACAUUAUAAUGUAUAUACGGAAGAAAUGGAAUUUAAAUUUGAUUAUUAUCGUUGUUCAAAUACACUCAAUAGUAGUUAAUAUGCUAUUUUUUUUCAAUAAAGUCAAAAAGUUAUUACAGAUAUAAGUGUAUUGCUAACUAGAGUUGACUGUGUUUGCUUGUUUAGUUAAUAUAUGAAACUGGUUGUGUUGUUAACCUAAUUAUUUUUCUUGGACUACGCUCCAGGACCAAACUUUGCUUUUCAAGUCAGUGCGAACAUCUCCAUAUAAAUCAGAGGUUAAGAACGAAUGAUUUCAGACACAACGUUUUCUAUCAGUGUUCACGGAGAACAUACACCUUACCCGUGGAUCGAGCUAACGAUCCCGAGCCAAAUGCUAUGCGCUAUCUGUGUUGAGCUAAGUCAGCGGACUGACCAAACUUUUACGACCACCUUUUAAGAUAUUUGGUAAAACUAAGUGUUGCGGUAGAAAGUUUUUUAUUAGUUUUAAAGAGUAAUAUAUGAGAAAGCAUACCCGAUAUGAGUGACAUAGAAAUAUAUGAUAUUUUAUCAUAAUAGCUCCAAAAAUGAACUACAUCUACGACCGGAAGAUGCCUCCGUGAUUUAGCGAUUAAUACCUCAGUCACACAUAUGGCGCGGAUAGCUACGUCCAGUCACGGAUAGAAACGUAGUUAUCCGUACGGAUUGAUACGAAGGUACGGCUCAGGUACGGAUCGAUACGGAUAACUACGUUUUUGUUCUUGGCUAGACGUAGCUAUCCGCGCCGUAUGUGUGACUGAGGUAUAAGGUCGCUAACAUCAAACCACUUUUCCUCAUAAAUGUUGGUUCGAGAUGUCUACCCGUGAUGUAAUGAUGCCCGGCGGGUCACGUGAUGAAAUAAUUCUGUGAGAGGGACCUGGUGUCUUCCCCACCAUGAAUAGUUGAAACAUCGCCAUAUGACCUAUGACUGAGUCGUCGUGACGUUAAGCCCAGCGAAAAACCAAAAACAAACAAACGACCGGGAAUUUUAACGACUUCUUCGCCUCAUCAUUUGAUGGUCAUUAUACGUUCUAUUUUCAGAUAUCAGUCUAAUUUUUGUAAUAAAUACGUACUAGGAAAGACUUACUUAGGCGUUUCAUGAAUAUGAUUUCACACAUUUGAGAACUGACAUUUAGUAGAGAGAAAGUCCUAUCGAUAAUGUAUUUAGUAAAUA